GAAAACUCGAGCUUUUGUGAUUUUUUGCCUGUGACGGCAGAGCAGAAGCUCGCUAGUCCACAUGGAGGAAUCUCCGCAGCCAAAACGGGUCAAGACGGCCUGCACGGGCUGCCGCCAGCAGAAGGCUAGAUGCGACUCCCACGAGCGGCCUGGAAGAUGCUCGCGCUGCGAGAAGCUGGAUGUGGACUGUGUCAUCUCAGAGCCAUUCAAGAGAGAGCAUAAACGCCAGCGCUUGAAAGAACUUGAACAGGAGACCGACGAGCUCAAGCGGAAACUGCAGUUGCAGCCUGCCACUGCUCAGCCGGCCCCGAUUUCAAUGCCGACUGCUGCCGCAGCCGAAGAGAAACCGAAUUUACGUUCCCCGCCCGAGUCACACCUGUCGUCGGAUUCGCCAUAUGUCUCGACGGACUUGCCGCGUGUCGGAAUACAGACCCCCCUGGCAAGUAUCGAAGGGGGGGCUUCUGAUGAGCCGGCUGGACGCCUUGCCGACUUGACUGUCUCCAGAUCUCUGAACGGGAUCACCCUGACAGCGACAGAAAUCGAUGAGAUCUUCGAUCAAUAUUUUCAAAACUACGCGUGCUUCUUGCCUCUCCUGGACCCCGAGACCACCCCAAAUGCGUACUAUACACAAUGCCCCCUGCUCUUCUGGGCCAUCAUUGGGGUCGCAUGCAGAACUUAUCCCCAGAAUCCAACCUUGAUGAGUGCUCUUGCUCCCAAGGUCAUCGAGCUGGGACUGGUUGCUGGAUUGUCUUCUGCCUCGCCUCUGCACAUCAUCCCCGCCCUCGUCUUAAUUGUGACCUGGCCGUUCCCAAAGAACAACGCCAAGCCAGAACCCAACUUUCUUCUUAGUGGGAUGUUGUUGCAUAUCGCUAUGGCAAAUGGCAUGCAUAUUCCUAUGGCCAGUCAUGAAUUUUCAAAAAAUAAGAUUCAACAGUACUCCGCGGCCGACAUCGCUCGUCGGGCAGAGCUAUGGGCUCACUGCCUCAUUGUCUACCAGCGAACUUGCUUGAUCAAGGGCCAGCCUCCUCGUAGCUCUCUUCAUCUAGGACAGGAAACCGGUUACACCAAUGUUCUGCUUCAGCAGCUCCCUCCAGCUCUGGCCUUCAGACUUAGAUGCUAUGAAACCGUCAGCCGCUGCUGUAUUGCAGUGACAGAAAAUGGAUUGCGUUCAAUGACCAUUGAGCAGGAGCGGUCUUUGGAUGUCAUUCUGCGCGGUUUCGAGGCAGAAAUCGUCGACCUUGAAGCCGAAGCUCCAAACCGCAAUGAUAAGAUCAUUGCUCUCUCGUGCCGUAUGUUCAUUUUGGUUUUUCACUUUUUCAAAAACAACACCUUGCGCUCGAGCGAGUGUCUGAUUCGCGUCGCGUCGAUGGCUUGCGCUGUCAUUGAACACGUUGAUGAGCUGGGCAAAGACUUCGGCUUAAUGGUCGCUACUCCCUGCCACAUGUUUUAUGGAGUCAUGUUUGCAUCGAUUUCGCUUAUUCGCAUCUUCAAGUCAUCUGGCGUCAAUGAUAUCGAUGUUGAGCGUGCCAGAAUCUGCUACUUUGCCAGCAUCAACAUUGUUAGGAAGAUGGUCGUCGAAAACAACGACACGCCGAGCAAGGCAGUCUCCAUCCUCCAGCAGCUCUGGAACAGCAGCAAGGCCUUCCGCAAAUCGGACGGUAGUGAAUUCGUGAACCUGCGCCUCCGCAGCCGCAUGGCCUUGAGCCCUAUCGUCGAUGCUACCUGGUGGUGGCGUGAUGAAUUCGAAUCAACCUACCGCACUAUGCUCCCAGCCGAAAGCACUAAUACAGAAGUUCCAGCCAUUGGCGAUGCUAUCGGCGGCGACCUCUCUACUCGUUCUGCAGAGAGACAGGAGCCAUUCUUUAUUGAUGAAGAACUUCUUUCCGAGCUUGAAUGGGCACUUUCAGGCGACCAGCUCUUGCUUUCGGCCUCGCAGACAUUUGAUCCUCUUGCCUGGCCAUCUGCCGGAAACCAAUUCUAAAUUGACAUGAUACCCGGGACUGGUCGAGUGGCGUUUAGACGGAGCGUAUGUUGUCAUCGAUAGGAUUUGGCGGUGUUUUAGGCCCUUUUUCGGCUCUUCUUGUUCACCCGGUGCAGGAACUUCCAAGGAUAUGUAGCAUAUCAUGUUUUCAUUCAGGGGCACUGUAUUUUCCACCAUGGUUCUAGGGUUGGUUGAUGACUAGGAAUACAAAUGACUCCUCGGUAAUAGAAAAUCGUGCGAAAGAUAGGAAUACUAUUCUACUCAU